AUGGGUUCGGGUAGUCCCAUGGUCCAGAAGCAAACGUUCGGUGUUGACAUAGCUGCAUCUUCGGGAGACACCGCACAUCUGGGGCCUACGGCUGACGGAGCAAGCACCCAAACGCGCGACCAGAUUCAACACAUCGUUUUGAACGGCCCAGGAGCCACCGCAGUGCCACAACAGCUCAACCUCUCUCAAGUACUCAUUCAGAACUCUUCGCAGUUUUUUCUAAACUGGGAAUCGCCUCGGGGACAGCCUGGAGAAAGCGGCAAGAAUGGCGCAAACAAUAAUCAACAGUAUGACUGGAAGAAGCAUGUCCAUAACCAGCCACGCGGUGGUAGAGUUGAAGCCAUGAGUAAACGGCAACAGAUAGCUGAACAAGAACAGCAGCAGAAGUUGGUUGCGGAAGUCUUCCUCCUAGGCAAAGAAAUCGACAGCCGGCAACAACAUUUGGCUGAACACCAGGACCUAUUCCAGUGCCACGGUUGA